AUGACUGUUCCGUAUUUCACUUUUAUUUUUUUWAAUCUACACCGGAAACGCGCUGUCGUCGACAGUCACGUGACAGUGUUCCUGCCGAAGCAGUAAAUAUCAGACAAGCUAGCAGAUACAGGUUUAUGAAGAUACAGCCCGUUCAAAGGGACUGGACAAUGUGUGACCACCCCUAGCCGGUCCAGAGCCUUCAGGAGGCCGUGUGGUUUGUUUCGCUGCCCGAGGGAUGAGCCCGCAGCCCCGGCCGUGACCGUAAAGGAGGCUCCAUCAAAUCUCGCUUCUUCACACGUUAGCCCCCAGCGCUAAAGGGGAGAGGCGUCGUUGCUGCCUGCUGGUGACUAUGCAAGGGGAAACUGCGGCGGUACGAGUCGCAGAAAACGACGGGAAGCUGGAUGUGUUUCCCCAGAACAGGACCCCGAGUUCGGGGAGGGCGAGUGCCAAAAGUUGGCAGUACAGUGAUCACAUGGAGAACAUCGAUGGCUACCUGAUGAAGUACACAAACCUGGUAACAGGCUGGCAGUACAGGUUCUUCGUCCUGAACAAUGAGGCGGGGCUGUUGGAGUAUUUCGUCAACGAGCAGUCGCGUCCACAGAAGCCCCGCGGCAUGCUCCCCCUGGCCGGCGCUGUCAUCUCCCCCAGUGACGAAGACUCGCAUACCUUCACGGUGAACGCUAUCAGCGGCGAGCAGUACAAGCUCCGAGCCACCGAUGCCAAGGAGAGGCAGCACUGGGUGAGCAGACUGCAGAUCUGCACACAGCACCACACAGAGGCCAUGGGGAAG